AUGCGUCUGGACGGGCUGCCCGCACCGGGGCCGCCAAGGGCGAGCUCGAACUCGGACGACGAGUUCCUCCUCCUCUUCUCGCAGGGCUCGGACCUGUUCGCUGACGGUGCGCCGGCUGUGUCCGCCUCCACGGACGGACAGGAGCUGUUGGACCCGGUGGCGUACUCGGAGUUCCUCGCGGCGUUCACGCAGACGCUCCCCGCGGCGUCCCAGCCGGCGGGCGAGGGGGAGUGCGCGACGACCACACCGACCGCAGGCGGCGCGGACGAGGAGCUGUUGUUCGACAUGGCGAUGGGGCCGUUCGGGAACAUGCUCGACGCCGACUUCCAGUCGGCGAUGUUCGCCAACCCGGAGCUGUACGACGCCGGGUCGGGCGUGGGGCUUGGGGACGCGGAGGCGGACCUGUCGGAGUUCUGGGAGAUGCUGCGGCCGGUGGUGGGGAACAGCGUGGUGCCGCUGCGCGUGGAGGAGGCAAGCGAGGCGGCGGGGACGGGGGAGGGAGAGCAGUACGCGAUCGACCCGCUCAAGGUCGCGGAGGGCGUGCAGGCGCUGCUGUCGGGGUGCGCGCUGUGA